AUGAAGUCACAACUUGGAGUCUUCAAAUCAAACCUCGAAGAAUUCGCCAAAAAGUACAGAAAGGAUAUCAACAAGGAUCCUGUCUUUCGAAUGCAUUUUCAAAAAAUGUGUACAAAUAUUGGAGUGGAUCCUCUUGCAUCAAACAAGGGAUUCUGGGCCGAAGUAUUAGGAUUCGGUGACUUUUACUAUGAGCUGGGUGUCCAAAUCGCUGAAGUCUGUUUGACGACUCGGGAUUCGAACGGAGGAUUGAUUGAGAUCAAGGAAUUGAAGAGGCUCGUGGAUCGUAUGAGAGGGAGGAGCGCGCAAGAUAUUACAGAAGACGACAUACUACGCAGCAUCAAGAACCUCAAAACUCUCGGAAACGGAUUUGAGGUAGUCUCAAUUGGUCCCCAAAAGUUCAUAUCAUCUGUUCCUCGUGAACUCAAUGUGGACUUUACUUCUGUGCUUGGUGUUGCUCAAACUACCGGAUUUGUUACUCUUGAUAUACUCAAGGCGGAACUGGGAUGGGAUAUGAAUAGAGCUCAACGAGUGCUGGAUGAUUUGGUCAAGGACGGCGUAUGCUGGGUGGAUACACAAGCUCCAAGGAUUGAAUACUGGAUGGCUUCCUUCUUGACGAUAUGA